AUGCCAUUACCUUUACUAUUUGCACAGGCGGUGCAAGAGUGCGUCUCGAAGUUUCCGUUGCGACAUGACGCGCGCACAGCGCCAUUAUUGUACGGGACGUCGGGGUUUCGUACAUUAGGAGUCUUGCUGCCCCCCGUGGCGGCUCGUGUCGCGUUUGUGGCGGUAUUACGGGUGUGGUGGGCCGUUGUUAGUCGCUCGGAGCCUGCUGGCUGUUCUGUUGGAUGUAUGAUUACGGCCUCGCACAACCCCGCCACUGACAAUGGCUUGAAGCUGAUAGACGUUGAUGGCGGUAUGCUGGAAGUCUCCUGGGAGAAAGUCUGCACGGCCGUUGCUAACGCCACCACGGCGGAGGAGCUUAUGUCUGAGUUGGAGGAGUGGGCGGUCAGGAACAAUAUUUCUGUUUCUUCUUUUUCCAUGGAUCAACUUGUGGCGCGUUGUCCCUUUUCAGUGUUGCAUCUUGCACGUGAUACACGGCCUUCUGGUAUGGAAAUUCUUUCCGCUGUGCAGACAUCGCUACAGUCGUUGCAACUCCCAUUUAGGGACCAUGGAAUAACCACAACACCGCAACUUCAUUACUUGGUGCAGCGUGCCAAUCAACCAUCGAUGGCGACAGGAGUAACAAACGUUUUUGAGUUCGGAACUGCACUUUACAGGCAGGAUAUACUGUCGUCUCUGGGGGCGUUGUUGAACACUUUGACGGAGCCAACGCCGAAUAGACGAGGGCGCCGGAAAAUCGUUUUGGAUGCGUCUAAUGGCGUGGGUGCCAUCGCCAUUUAUUCACUGCUUGAGGCUGCGCGGCAGAUGUCCUCACAGAAUAUUUUGGAGGAGCUUUUUGACAUUACCGUUCUCCACGACGACGUGAAAAACGAUGGCGCUCUUAAUCAUCUGUGUGGUGCUGACUUCACACAGAAGACCCGUUCACCGUCUGAGAAAAUGAAGGAAUGGGCUGCAGAUUAUGGGAAGCAGCAUUGUAAUGAACCUCGAGAAGAACGAGAGGAAGUCCACUAUUAUUCGCUGGAUGGCGAUGCAGAUCGUGUGGUAGCCUUCUUUCACGAUUGCGAUGGAGGAGACACAUGGCAUCUGUUAGAUGGCGAUCGUGUUGCCAUCCUGUAUGCCAUGCUGCUCCGGCAGUGUCUUGGCCAGAAUGCACUUCAGGUCCUUGACAUUGGCGUCGUACAGACGGCAUACGCUAACGGGGCCUCAACAGAUUACUUACAGCGCCAGCUUGGGCUUCGCGUGUACACCACCGCCACGGGCGUGAAAAAUCUGCAUCCCGUUGCCCAUGCGCGUGACAUUGGUGUGUACUUUGAGGCAAACGGUCACGGCACAGUUUUACUCAACAAGGACUCUAUUGCAUCCAAGGUUUCCUCAUUGGCUGACCCACGCGCCCAGGUCAUUUUACAACAUCUUCCGGUCCUUCUUUCACAGGUGUGUGGUGACGGAAUUGCUGAUUUGUUUGCCUGCGAAUUUGCGCUUUUGGCGUUGCAGAUGGACUUUAAUGCGUGGUAUCAUAUUUACACGGAUCUGCCCUCGCGUCAAACCAAAGUUACUGUACCCAAUCCACGAGUGAUCACCAACACACCUGACGAAAGACGGGCGUUGACUCCGCCGGGGUUGCAAGAGGCGAUUGAUGCGGCUGUGGCUGCCACGGCUUUGGCUUCAAACUCUGUGGCGAGGGCGUUUGUGCGCCCAAGCGGCACGGAGCCACUGGUUCGCGUGUACGCAGAGACGGGUAGUGAGGCGCUGUGCAACAGCCUGUGCGAGGUGGUGGAAGGUCUUGUAAUACGGUACUGUGAUCCACUGAAAAAGGAUGCCUUGCCCCACGUAGAGUGA